AUGCCCACUGCCAUUGACGACACACGGCCCCAUUCAGCUAUCAAUGACAACAUCGAGCUGCGAUCGUCGAUGGAUGAUGACAGCUAUCCGUUACAAGACCACGAUCCAAUGUCAUCGGAACGAUUGCUAUCCACAGACGAUGACAGGCCAACAAAAACACAGCACACGCUUAGCGCACAUAAGAAAGCACUUUUAAAGUCGUCAGCGAUCAACUUGUUUUGGAUAUUAUCAUGGUACACGUUUGCUACAUUCUUAUCAGUCUACAACAAAUGGAUGUUUUCAGCCGAGCAUUACAACUUCCAAUUCCCUCUCUUUGUAUCCAGCAUUCACAUGGUGGUGCAAUUCGGUUUUGCUGGUCUUUCAUUGUUGCUCGUUCCCAAAAUCCGACCACCUAAAAGGCCGACGAUCAAGGAUUACAUGUACAAGGUCUUCCCAUGUGCUCUUGCCACCAGCCUCGAUAUUGGUCUCUCCAACCUCUCUCUCAAGACCAUUACAUUAUCCUUCUACACCAUGUGCAAAUCUUCCACGCUUGCAUUCGUAUUGGUCUUUGCAUUCCUAUUCCGCCUCGAGAAACCAAGCAUCAAACUCAUUUGCAUUAUCUUGAUUAUCAUUGUUGGUGUGCUUCUUAUGGUAUCUGAUGAAACGGAAUUUGAGUUGGUUGGAUUUAUAGCUGUCAUGACUGCUGCAGCCUGUGGUGGUUUACGUUGGUCAUUAACGGAGGUGCUGUUGCGUAAAGAAAGCAUGGGCUUAUCCAAUCCAUUCGCAUCGAUUUUCUUUUUGGCUCCUGCUCAAGCGGUGGUGCUAUUGAUUCUGGCAGCAGCUGUGGAAGGAUACCCAACCAUCUUUGGAAGCGUCUUUUUUGUCACAUUCGAGGAUGGAUUAUACACAGCUCUUACCAUCUUGGCUGGAGGCGUAUUGGCAUUCGUUAUGAUCUCGUCUGAGUUUUUCUUGAUAAAGCGUACAUCCGUGGUUACGUUAAGUGUUUGUGGUAUUUUCAAGGAAGUAGCAACUAUCUUUAUAUCCACGCUUGUGUUUGGCGAUCGAUUGACAGUCAUCAACACGAUUGGUCUAUGCAUCACUUUAUUUGGUAUCGCUCUCUACAACUGGCUCAAAUUGAGACGGGCGGCUGAACAAGCCCGUAAGCAUAUACACGACGAGGAGCUACACCAUCAGAUAGCCUCAGAUGAUGGAGACACAAGCGAGCAUUUAUCACCACAAUCAUCAGGACCCAUAUACAGCAUGGUGGCUGAAAGCACGCCCAUUUUACUUGUUGAUGGUGCCAUGACAAACUAUCGUGAAAGCAAAGAUGGUCUGGACAACAGCGACGACGACAAUGAUGAGCACAAUAAGCGGUGGAACCAGUAUGAACUGCGAUAA